UCUAGCCAAUGGGUUACUGAAGAAGAACCGCGUCGUGACGUUUUUGAAGUUCGCCGAGCAGUGAGUUUACUUCUUUGGAUCUUCUCGGUUCGGUGAUCGGGGCAUAUAGAUCUGUGGUGGGGCUUGGUGUCGGAAAACCCGGAAUUUGGAUAUUUUCAUUAACUGACCAACUACAUGUUAGUUGCCCGGAAACAGCCUUUGCUACACAUGGCUAGGCGAACAAGCUGUGUAAGCUGCAGUGGAAAUUGCAUGCAUCUAACAGGUUUGGUAAUAGUGUUUUCUUUUUACGUUUUCAGUGUAAACAAAGACAAGUGAUUUCUGAUAACUAUAUUAACUUUGUACAGUAAGUUAUGAACUAAUUUGCCAUAAAUGGAAUGGUAGGAUGUCCGUUCAAAUCCCCUUACAGUGCUGAAUUGUUCUACCCUACCCACGUGACCAAUCCAUAUACCAGAGCUGUCAUUUUUUCCAGGGUCAUCCUUAUCAACUCCCUUCUCAUCUUCAGUGGGACUGCUGAGGGAUAAAAAAAAAAAGCGCCGUUUAAUAUACAACAAAAUACGCUGCUGCAGUGACCUUGAGAACGGUGCCUCACAUACGCAAUGGACUGCAUCUUGAUAGGAAGCAACGUGAAAGUGCUGGCAAAAGCUGUCCAGUCGCUAUCCAAGCUCGGAGAGGAGCUGUACUUGGAGCCUCAGGAAAAUGGGCUGGCUCUCCGCACCGUUAACUCGUCGCGGUCGGCGUACGCCUGCUUCCUCUUCUCUCCGCUCUUCUUCCAGAAAUACACCCCCCCGAAAAGCUCAACUCAGCGCUGCAAGAUGGUCAUCAAGUCUGUGCAGGCUGUGUUCAAGUCCCUCUCCUCCCUGGAGAAGACGGUGGAAAAGUGUCAUAUCGAGCUGGACAUCGAGAAGAGCCGCCUGACCUUCACCCUGCACUGCAAACACGGGUUGCUGAAGACGCACAACCUCUCAUUCCAGGACAGCGAGAGCCUGCAGGCCGUGUUCGACAAAGAGAGCUGUGCCAACGCACUCACCGCCCAGCCCAAGCUACUGGUGGAUACAGUGCUUCACUUCCCUCCAUCUCUGGAAGAAGUGCGUGUGUCCGUGAAUGACGAGAGAGUGUUGUUUAGGAAUCACGUCGAGGACGAAGCAGAACAGUCCAGAGCCAUGAUGACAGAGUUGUGCCUCAGCGCAGAAGAGUUUGACAGAUUCGCUGUGAACAUGCACACAUGCAUCACUUUCUGUCUCAAGGAGCUGAGGGGGCUGCUGGUGUUUGCAGAGUCCUCUGGUCUCCCUGUCUCCAUGUACUUCGAUGAGCCUGGCAGGCCUCUGGUAUUUAGCCUCACAGAUGAUAGCGUUUUGGAGGUAAACUUUGUGCUGGCCACCCUGUCUGAGGAAGGUCAGCCUCGGAAUCACAACAGCGAUAUGAGACGAGUUUCAGAGCCACCUAUAACGGACGACUUCAUGAACGAUGACAUCGAUUACAUCAUUGCCAUGGAGACCAGCGAGCUCGCCGGAGACUCCGAUUGGCCGGAGCCGCCUCGGCACGCUGUGACUCCGCCUCAGCUCCACGUAGCCGACGGAGACCAGCACGAGUCCAGAGGAGAGCGUGCGGAUGAGGAUGGGCGGCAGGGAGAAGAGGAGACAACAGUGGAGGAAUCUGGCCGACCACCCAAUAAGAAGUUCCGCUCCCUCUUCUUUGGCUCGGUGCUGCCUACCCCCUCCCAGACAUCCAACAGGACACUGCAGAGCCAGGAGAUCUUGGCCAGCGACAGUGAGGACGAGGACAGCCCCCCGGCACCGUGACGUCACUUCCUCCACAGUGAUCAGGACACGUAGGCGGCCCGUGGGCUGCCAGGCGGCAGGGUCUGUGACAGUGGCAAAGCCUGUGCUGACUUAUCUGCUUUUGGAGGGAACGCUGCGGUGUGAAGGAACAUGUCCUGCAGGUGGACGGGCUUUGAAGGCGACUGUGCCAAAGCACCUUCUGCUGAGACCUCAAAGGACAGAUUUGUGACAUGUACACACCGAGUAUAAUUUAUUUCUCUACCGAGAAAAAAUGACCACCAUGAUGUUGGCGUAAAGAUAUUACAAAAAAUAAAUAAGGAAAAUAUCUGAAAUUUUGUACGUU